AGAUCCGCCGGAGAUGGAAGCAGCGCUUAAAGAUGCAUAAACUGAAGUGGUCUCAGAAGGAGAAGCUCCAUCGGUUCACGUCCUUCCCGCGGUCCGCAGAGUACUGUCUGACCCACAGUGACUGGAGACUAGAGACGGUCACUGAUAACUCCUUCCAGAACUCUGUGAAGACAGCAGUGGACCACAAGAAGCUGGAUCAGCUCUACAACCGCUAUAAAGAUCCACACGAUGAGAGUAAGAUCGGCAUCGACGGGAUCCAGCAGUUCUGUGAUGACCUCGUGCUGGAUCCGGUCAGUGUUAGUGUCCUGAUCGUGGCCUGGAAGUUCAGAGCAGCGACGCAGUGUGAGUUCAGCCGCAAAGAGUUCCUGGACGGCAUGUUCGCGCUGGGGUGUGACAGUCCAGAGAAGCUGAGGACUCUUUUACCCAGACUACAGCAGGAGCUGAAGGAUUCUGGGAGAUUCAGAGACUUCUAUCAGUUCACCUUUAGCUUUGCCAAAACUCCGGGACAGAAGGGUUUAGAUCUGGAGAUGGCCGUGGCCUACUGGAAUCUCAUUCUGACCGGCCGCUUUAAGUUUCUCGACCUCUGGAACACUUUCCUUCUGGAGCAUCAUAACAAAUCCAUCACUAAAGACACGUGGAACCUGCUGCUGGACUUCGGGAACAUGAUCGCAGAUGACAUGUGCAACUACGACGAGGAGGGUGCAUGGCCAGUGCUCAUCGAUGACUUUGUGGAGUUCGCUCGGCCGAUUGUGAUGGCGGGAAAUCACAAGACUCUGUAACGAGCGCUGAGGAGGACGAGUCUCUCUACACUGACUGUUUCAAUUAAAAAAAAAGAAAUGCAUUUAAAAUAUAUUAUUAAACACGGAGAGAAUUAG